AUGCGCGAGCAAGGCCGCCGAGAGCGCCAUGUGUCACUUGGUGAUGCAGGCGCUGGUCAUGAAGACACUCAUGUCUUCACAGAGUAUGAGCUCGGUGUCUCGUACUCUCCUGAUACGGAAGACGGAUCCGUAUCGACGGCAAUUGAAUCCAAGCCGCCUGCCAAGCGUGGCAUGGAUGAUGCCAUGCGUCGCAGCAUCUUUGGAUCAUCUGAUGAAUCAGAUGAACCAUCGCCAAAGCGAAGGCGCUCGAGGUCGCGAGACUCGGGCGCUAAUAGUGGUGUCGGUUCUCCUAUGGACACCACUUCGCAAAGAGGUGCCAGUACUUCUAUCGACACAUCGCAGGAAGAGCGGAACCGCAAUGUCUUGCGUCUCGCUCCAGAAGAAGAAGGCAUGGAUGCCUCCCAAAUCUGUCAUGGAUCACUUGUCGGCGACGACGAGUGA